AUGGAAGUGAAGACAGCACCUACAAAAAGGGUUUACAUCAGCAUGCCAAAGAAAUACUUUGCUGCUUUAGCUAAGAAAUAUGAACUGGACCAUGGGCUGGUUAUAAAAGACUUGAAUCCCUAUGUAAAUGAAGGAUAUGUCCGAGCCUACUUUAGAGAAUGGGGCACUGUUACAGCCUGUAAGAUUAAGAAGAAUCAGAGCUCAGGGGAGAACAAAGCUGUGGCGUAUGUGAGAUUCUCCACAGAGGACGAAGCAGACAGAGCAGAGUGGGCCGGUCCUCACUACAUCGGAGGCGAUGUGGAAGUGAAACGAGUAGUCAGUCCAAAGAUGGAGGAUGAUGCAGAGGAGGAGGUGGCUGCUGUUAAUGCCAAUAAGCCCCGCCCACGGCGUUCAAUGGGUCUGGGUUACAUACUGGAGGAUGCCCAGUGGCUGGAUGAUGAGGAUCAGGGAUAA